AUGGACAAAAACAAAGAAGACAGCCCCGAUAAGUAUGUCUCUUUUAACAUCUCUGAUCUACCUACUUAUGGGUAUCUCUACAAAGAAGAGGAUGAGAAAGGCUUUAACGACGACUUCAGCUUUUCUAUCUCAAAAGAGCCUAAAUUUGGCGGGGCUCUUCUAGCCGAUGGCCUUUCUCCAUUCCUCGGCAAAUACCCAGCCAAGCCCGAGCUUCAUGAGCCACAAUCUCAUCCCAAAGGCCCAAUAGACCUUUUCAAGGGCCUCCCCGAGACCGCCAACACUCUUGGCUACCAGCCGCCAAUGGGUCUUCCCAAAGAAUACCCUCCCUACAAGAAAGCCCCACCCAAAGACCCCAUGGAGAAGUACAAAGCCUUUGGCUACUCACCUUACGGCCAAAGUGAAGAGCAGGCCAUCUUUGUCAAUGCCAACCAAUACCCCUACAUUAAACGCCGCAAAGAAAGACGAGACUACCUGGACUCCCUAGAAAAGAAGAAAGACGUCGGCUACCAACACGAAAGCCGGCAUAAUCACGCAAUGAAGCGUCCUAGAGCGCCAUCUGGGCGAUUUCUUACCAAAGAAGAGGCCAUGCAGCAAGACCCAGAGGCAGAUAAGCAAUAA